AUGAGCAGCUUAGAAGUCGUCACAUUCCCCGUGGUCGUUGCCAAUUCCAGGCAGAGACUCAACUUGGGAAAGAAUAAAUCCCGCACAGGAGAAUUCACUUUUCGAGGCAAAAUAGAAUUGGCCAGGAGCAAGGUAGAUAAUAGUUCUCCAGAUGCACAGACUCAUCAUUAUUUCAAGGUCUCUAAGAUACAGGAUGCCCAGCGGAGGAUUGGGCAGCUUGAACAAGAAAAUAAAUCCUUGUCUAUACGUCUAGCUAAUAUAUAUCACGGUUCAGGUAUGGUUGAUUGCUGGAACGAGUACCAACAAAAGAGCGUGUUCCGACAGAAGCAGAAUAUAGAACUUGUAAGGAUUACUCUGGAGAACCAGGCAAUUCUUAAAAGACUUCGAGAUAGAAAGGCUACCUAUGACAGGAAGCAAUGCGAAAAGGAUUGGCAGAAUUCCAGGAAUUAUAUGAGAAACACUUCUCGUUUUCCAGUACCAAAUCAAGAUGCUAUCUGUCCUACUGAACUAGUGACUCCCAAAUUUGUUAGCAGUGCUACUCUCUGCCCACCUGCUCAAUGGAAUUCCAAGAAUUAUAGUCCCAGUGUACCUAAAUGGAAAAAGCACAUCCACAUUAUUGCUAGUACUUGUAAUCAGGCAUAUACAAUGUAUGAGAACCAGUUUGCUUUAGUUAAAGCACAAGAUUAG